AUGGACAGCCCGGCAGAUCAAACUAGACCUAUAGAAUGGGUCAACCUGGUCACCGUGAUGCAGGGCAGCAGCCCUCAUAUGGAGCUUCCACCUAUGCAGUCACAGUCGUCUGUGUGGGACAUUGUUCGAGGUGAUCUGGAUGAUCACCCUGCCGCAUCCGCUGUCGGACCUAGUCCAUCAUCUUCUCCGUCCCUGCCUCGGCUCGAGCCAGCGACGUCACCGCAAGGCUCCAGCGCCACUGUCAUCGUCGACCCUCCAUCCGCGACACAGGGGGAUCCCGUACAGCGGGCCCUUGAGUUCGGCGAAAGCUUGGUCGGCUCCCACGCCCGCCUGGCGGACAUCUCGCGAACGCUCGUCCAAGCAGGGCAUCCCGCCAAGCACUCCGGGGAGCGAACGCCCCGCGGCCGCAGCGCGGUCGACGACUCGCGGCCCCUCGCGGAGUUUGACGUCAAGGAGCUGCGGCGCGAGCGCGACAGGCUCGCCGCGGCCUGCGGCUGCCUGGACAGGGAGCUCCUCAUCAUUCACGAGGUGGCCUCGCGCGCCGGGGAGGUCUUCCUCGCCUCCGCCGAGAAGGUCGUUGAGCUGUCUGGUCUCAUCGACAGGCUCGACAGGCUCAAUGAGGCCUGGUCGGCCAUCAGCGUCCGGGACGCCGAGACCCUCCUGCACGGGGCCGAGGGCGGGGCCGGCCUGAAGCGCAAGGCCUCGGCGGAGAUGAGCGUCGCCGUCCCCGGCCCCAGCCCCAAGAGGAGGAAGGUGGUUUCGGACCCGGACGAGGUGCCGGACGAUGCCUAA